GUUACAGUGGGCUGAUCGAUUUGGGUUGCUAUUUGUUUUUGUUUUUAUUUAUGCUUUACGCACAGAAUAUGCGACAAACUAGUAAGUGGUAUUUGCUCGAUAUAUUUCAUAUAUUUGUAUAAAUUUUAAGCAUUGGUGUUCUUUGAAAUAUUAUUCUGCUCUAGGUGAAUAAUUUGGGAAUGGAAAACUCCGACGGUAUUGUGCACAAGACGGUGCCUCCAUUAACAAUAAAAAAUGUACGAGCCCUACAAACCGUGCACAUUUCUGACGAAUCUGAUUCCGGAUCCAACUCUGACAAUGAGAAUCUAUUGAUAGACGAAGUCUACGAACUGACCACUUCUGACGAUGUGCAGGACGAAAUGAUUCUGAUAGUUGAAGAGCCAGCAGCGGAUUACAUCGAGGACGAGAUUACCCACAGUUCCAGGGGGUCAUCUAACAGACAAUCGAUAGCUAGCAGUGAUGAAUGCCAUAGUACUCUGCAACGUUCUCCACCUGGUCAGCAGUCCGGAAAUACUUCCGCUCAUAGCUCCAGGGGAAACCGACGUAAAAGUCAUCACGUUCCUAAGCAGGGUGGAGAUGUGGUUUUCGAGGAAGCUACUAUUCUAACGGUGCCAGAUGACGACCAGGGUCAACCAGAGAUUGGUAAUUCCAAUCGUGAUCUGAUGAAGAAUAUCGCGAUGCUGAAAAGUUGUAUCAAUUAUGUGUUGGAGCAGCAGGAUAUGAAGCCUUUAGUAUUUAAGCACAAUUUUGAAAAAAUACCGAAGCUUGUAGAACAGUAUAAUCAAAUGAGGGAAGAUAAGCAAAAAACCUAGAUAAUUAAUUCAUUAAAGCAAUAUUAUUUUGGAAUA